AUGAUCACAUCAGCCGAGCAGUAUGAUCCUCCGCUGCAGGAAGAAUGCAGAUAUGGACAUGACUUGUUUGUGCGUGGGUGCACAAGUGAUUCAGAUGGCGAUGAGAGGCCAAUAUAUGUGGAUCUUGAGCUGGAUGCCAUUAAAUUUGACGAAGAAGACAUAUCAAUCUCAGUGGAUAUCGAUAGCAUUAUCUGGACGACGAAGACAUUGAGAUUGCGUGGAACCAUUGGUAUCUACAUGACGCCUCCAUUUCAUUCCAAGCCAGGCAUCUCGAAGCACAAUCACACCUAUCUGGAUCUCCUCAUUCCACAGUCAGAAGAGGAUGCACACGAACCAGGAGGCAGGGCUGAAUGGCUGUCUCUACAAGUGAAAAUGGAUUCUGUCCCCCAUCUAUGCAUCGGGCGCAUCUCAUCUGCAGCUUCCACCCUCAAUGUGUAUAUUUUCUUCCCCCGCCUCAAACACGACGAUUCCAUUAGCGGCAAGAAAGUGACCAUAAUACCAACCGAGGUCGAAGACAUCUUCUGGGACAGAGUGUUGUUGCCAUCCAUUGGUGAUUGUGCCGACAUUACCUGGCAGGCGUACAUGAAACAAUCGCUCCAUGAGGCCAGAUACAAGAAUAAGGGGGGAUCUGGAGCGAUGGGCGGAAGGGGGACUCCAAAGAUAAUUCCAUUGUCAAACGAUGACUUUAUGGAGGUGCAGGCGAGAAUGCAUGAUCGAAUCAAGGAUGGACGGAUGGAGCUAAGCAUGUUCGGGUCAUGCUUCUUCGUGCUCGAGGGCAAGGGAAUCAAGCUCAUUACCAAGGAUGGCCAGAGGGGGCGAUUUCAAGGACCUGAAGAAGCCCUGCUUCGAAAUCUACCUGACCUGGAUUGGCAUUACAUGAUGGACAGGAAGCACGGAGAAUUAAUGGUCGAUGUCGGGAUCUCAUUCACACCACACUCAUCAGAUGUUCCUGUGGUAGGGCUUUGGAGAUUAGAUGCAUUGGAGGCCUCCUUUGGAGCAGGGGGGUACAACAAAGGACAGCUGCAUCACCACAACACCCUCUCACGAUAUGGUGCACUUCAGGCUGAGAUGCAGAGGGAGAGAUGUCAGCAGACCCUAUCAGCAGGACUAUUCUCCGGAUCCUGCAUUUGUAUGUUCUAA